UUACCGUGUGUCCGUGUCCAUACCGACGUCCAUAGACCUAUAAACAGUAUAAACUAAUGGACAGCGCAUUCCACUCCGCCCUGCUAUUAAUGUACGGGAAUCAUAUAAGAGAAAGAACAUAAAGGGGGUAAUCAUUAACGUUUGAAACUAUUAUAAUACUAUAUUUCCCCCACGUUCUCUUUUCUCUUUUACUCUAUAUCGUACCCCUGACCUGUCUCUCUCUAAGCGCUGUCCGUUAUAGUUUAUUGGUCUAUGGCCUAUGCCCACGUUCCACACCAUAGUACAUGAUAGCGUUGUUACCAUAAUGGUUCAUUCAUCACGAUGUCUAAUGUAAUCUAUCUGCGCAUUCGACAAGUGGAAAAGAUUUCAGUUGAUUUCAGUUUAAUGAAUCAAGAAUACCAAUAAAUUGCAUUACACCGCAUACCAGUCGCAUGCGAUAAAAACUUUUAAAUUCAAAAUGUAUGAGUUAUGUCGCAUGCGAGUAUUUGUAAAUAGUAAUAUGAUUUCAAGAAUUGGGAACCACUGGCCCGUCUACAACUCAAUAGUAAAUACACUUUAGUUACGUCGUAGUGUCGUAUUGCAGUGUGCGGAAACCUUAUGUAUGUACAACAAGUUUUAUAGCAUUUCAAAUUUAUCGCAACGACGAUACUGUAAUAUAAUAUAAAAUAUUAUCUGAUUUAGUUUGUAAUAACUAAAAAUAAUAAUAAACGUUUCAAAUCUAUGUUAGUAAUUAAUCAAAAAACAUUAAGGAAAACAUAAUUCAGUAUGAAACCAUUAAGUCAAUCAAUUAAUGAUUCUGCAAUAAAUUCCAAGUAUGAUUAUAUAUUAAAUAGUUCGAGAGUGUUGACAAUUCCACUUCUUAGAUGCGAUGAUCAAGUAUUUAAUAGACCUAUUGAACAAGAAAUUAUUGCAAAGACAGAGUAUAAUAAUGAUCAAGUUUUAAAUAGAGUUAUUAAACAGGAAUUUAUUGAUGAUACAGACCAUAAUAAUGAUCAGUUACUCACAGGAUCUGUAUGUAGUACUGAAGAAAAAGUAAACGCAAUCGAAACCAAUAUAAAAGUCGAAAAAGAUUUUAUUGAUUGUUUUGCAUUUGAAGGAGAAGUGCUUAACGAUAGUCACUCUUCGGAAAUCAUUAUUUGUAAUGAUUCUAACUUAAGGAAAAAGCCUUUAACAUUCAAUGUUUGUAAUAAUGAAUUUUCAAAUUUGAGUAAAUUUCUGGUUGAUAAGAUAUUACAAAAUGGAGAUCAUCAUUACAAAUGCAAUAACUGCGAUAAAUCAUUUAAUUCAAAAGCAAAUUUGAGAAGACACGUGAAGAUUCAUAUCAUUAAAAGAGAAGAAUCAUUCAUUUGUGCUAUUUGUCAUAAAUCAUAUUAUAGUAAAUCAUAUUUGAAAAUUCACAUAAUGCUUCAUAAUAAUGAAAAGCCGUAUAAAUGUGGUAUCUGCGAUAAAGGGUUUUCUCUUGCAGUAGGUUUACAAAAACAUACAAGGACACAUACUGGCGAAAAGCCAUAUAAAUGUGAUAUCUGUGAAAAAAGGUUUGCUAUUGCAUCAAAUUUAACAGUGCAUAUGAGGAUACAUACUGGUGUAAAACCAUUUAAAUGUCUUACCUGUUAUAAAGAAUUUUAUCAAGCAUCAGAUUUAAAAAACCAUACAAGGUUACAUACUGGUGAAAAACCAUUUAAAUGUGAUAUCUGUGAUAAAUUGUUUUCUCUUUCUAAAUAUUUAAAAAAUCAUUUAAAGACACAUAGCGAAGUAAAGCCUUAUACAUGUGAUGUCUGUAAUAAAGGAUUUUAUAAUACAUCAAAUUUGACAGCACAUACAAGGAUACACACUGGAGAAAAGCCAUUUACAUGUGAUGUCUGUCAUCAAUCGUUUUCUCAUCCAGGCAGUUUAAGAAAUCAUUCUUGGGUACAUUCUGGAGUAAAGCCAUAUAGGUGUAAUAUCUGUGAUAAAAGGUUUACCACAGCGUCAAGUUUAACAUCGCAUACAAGAAUACAUACAGGAGAAAAGCCCUACAGAUGUGAUAUCUGUGAUAGAGGGUUUUCUCAAGCACAGAUUUUAAAAAGUCAUACUAGGGUACAUACAGGUGAAAGGCCAUAUACAUGUGAUAUCUGUGAUAAAAGUUUUUCUAAAUCAUCAACUUUAAAAUGUCAUACAAAGACACAUAGCGGAAUAAAACCUCAUAAAUGUGAUAUCUGUUAUAAAAGAUUUUAUCAUAUAUCAGAAUUAAAAAAGCAUAAAAAGACACAUGCUGAUGAAAAGCCUUAUAAAUGUCUUAUUUGUGAUAAAAGAUUUUAUCAAAUAAAUAAUUUAUCACAGCAUACAAGGAUACAUACUACUAUGAAGCCAUAUAAAUGUCAAAUCUGCGAUCAAUCAUUUUCUGUUAAAGGAUAUUUAAAAAAGCAUACAAUGAUACAUUCUGGUGAAAAGCCAUUCGAAUGUGAUAUAUGUAAACAAGCGUUUUCUCAUAAAACAAGAAUACAAAUCCAUAUGAGAACACAUACCGGCGAAAAGCCCUAUAAAUGUAAUGUAUGUAAAAAAGCGUUUUCUCAUACAGCAAAUUUAAAAACCCAUACAAGAAUACAUACUGGAGAAAAGCCGUUUAGAUGUGAGAUCUGUGAUAAAAGAUUUUCUAAAGCAGAACAUUUAACAGUGCAUACAAGGAUACAUACUGGAGAUAAACCCUAUAAAUGUGAUACAUGUCCACUAGCGUUUGCCCAUGCAGCAAAUUUAAAAACCCAUAAGAAAAUACAUACCGAAGAAAAGUCAUUUAUAUGUGUUAUCUGUAGUAAGGCGUUUACUCUAGCAUCAAAUUUAACAAGGCAUACAAGGACACAUACCGGUGAAAAGCCUUAUAAAUGUCAUGUAUGUAAACAAGCGUUUUCUCACUCAGCAAAUUUAAAAACCCAUAUGAGAAUACACACUGGCGAAAAGCCAUAUAAAUGUCAUCUCUGUGAUGAAGUUUUUUCUCGAGUUGAUUAUUUAAAAAAGCACACAAGGAUACAUUUUGGCGUAUAGCCAUAAAAAUGAAACAACUAUUUAAAAAUAGCUAUAAUUGGUUCAGAGGUGAUCAACUACUGUUUUUACUAUUACUUUAAUCAGACUGUAUAUUAUUGUCAGGAGUUGGACCUUUGUGAACAGGCUGGUGAAACUGACCAUAACAUCAGACUCAUCAACGGGAUUCCUCGCCUUGUGAAACCACGGUAAAAAGUACUUCAUGGGGGUUCUGGGAUCAACUAUGACCCAGUCUCAUGCCUGAACACUUCAACAAUUCAUCUCAACUCCAACUCAACGUCUCGCUACUGAUAUUUAUCUUGGAUAUUACCAAAACUAUAUUUAUAAGAAUUAAUCUUAACUCUUUUGUAUUUAAAUCUUUUGACUUCAAUUUUAUUUUUAUUUGUCGGUCUGAGACUUGGCUUUGGGAUAAUAUUCAUGAAACCGAACGUCAAAUCAACUAUGUUGUAUAUCGAUUAGAUGGAAAUAAUCCUCCUAGUGAUUACUGUAGAGGUAGGGGCGUUCUCUUAGCAAUCUGCAUAUAUGUCUUAUCUAACUUAUUAAUAAAUACUCUAAAAAAUAUUGAACAAUUGUUUGUAAAAUUUGUAUUUAAUAAUAUUAAGUUUGAGCCUAGCUUAGUUUACUUUACCCCAUAUUCUUAAUGAAUCCUAUCCAACAGCCGUAAAAUUUGGUCAUCGGCUUGAACUCUAAUAGUGUUUUCAUAUUUUGUGGUGAUUUCAAAUUUCUUAAUAUCUCUUGAUCAAAUGAUAAAUAUGGUUUCUCUUAUAUUUUUCCAACUGGCUCAAGAAUACACCGCAUUUCUGAAUCAUUUGUCCUCUCGAACUUCUUCCAAAUAAAUAGUGUAACAAACUCACUGAUCUGGUUUUCUGCAAUGAACACCGGUUGUUUUUAUAAAUAAUGCCCUAAAUACGCUCGUACCAUUUAAACCUUCGACACACAAAGGACCUGGAUAUUACAUUAACACCUAUUAUUGACCUCCACCUACACAUCGAGUCUGUAUGCAGCAAAGCAUUUAAAGUUAUGGGUUUUAUAAAGCACGUCGUGUACUAGUUUCAUCUUUAAAUGCCUCUGAAAGCUAUUUUUUGUUGGAGCGUUCAACUUUUGAAUAUUCUUCAGUGUUAUGGGACGCAUAGUACACAAUGCCUCCAAGUUAGAACCCGGUCAACGCCGUUUCCUAUCUUUUGUAGGUCAUGCCCUAGGUAUUCAAAAUCUUCGGCAUGGUUAUUCGAAUCGCCUACACUACCUUGGUUUUAGCUCCUUAGUUGACAGAAGAGUGUCUGUUAACGUUUGAAUGAGUUUAUUAUUGAUUACAUUUAUGCCCCAUAUCUCUUCCAUCACAAGUUUUUUUUUUUUUUUUUAAACUUUAUUUUAAAACAUACAAUCUGUAAUUUAAAUUUACAAUAAGCAUGUAUGCGGAUAUACAUUAAUUAAUUUGACAUGCGACGCGUGAAAAAAGAAGCCACCCAAUAGCAACACUUUAUAUCACAAGUAAAUUUCAAAGUCCCUUCACGCUCCUACGAAACUUUAUUCCAUUCUCAGUCCAGCUACACGCCACAAACUACGCUCGUAACCACCUUAAUUCACCGCGUUAUGCGUCUUGCAAACAAACACCCUUCACAAUCAUAAAACCCUGCUAUGUUAUUAUUAGUUUUUAAUUUCUUAAUCUGUAGACUUAGAAAAAAUUUUUAAUUGUACUAAAUAUUAGGCAUUAUUGUUAUUAUUAUUAACCCUAUUAUCUAAUAAUUGUAUUGUAUACUGGACAUUUUAUAUUUUUUUUAAAUAAAGCUGGUUUCAUGUAUAUAUUGUGAUACUUGGUUUAAUCCUGUGGUACAGACCACCCAGUAGUUUUAUAAUUGUUUUUCUCUUUGUUGAUUUUAAAAAACCUGUUGCUCCUGUCACGUGUGUGUGGAUAAGGAUUUUAAAUUAAACUUAUUGAAAUUAAUAUUUGGAAAACAAUUUUUUUGUCAUCAGACCAUACCCCAUUGUAUUGAUAAUUAUUUUUAAAUUGUUAUAUAUAAUAUUUAAGUAAAUGUAAUUUGUAAAAUAAAAUUAUCUUGAUUUUUUGUAUGUUUUGUAGUAUUAUAGAAUAUAUGUCUAAGUAUUUCAAUCUAUUAUAUCAUUACUUGUUCAAAAUUGUAUCAGUAAUAUUUUUACAAAUACGAUAUUUAAAGCUAUAAAAAUGAACAGAAUUAAUUUAACUUUUGUAACAAACUUGUUUCUCUUGUCACGUGUGUGUGAAUAAGGAUUAUAAAUUAAACUUAUUGAAAUUAAUACUUGAAAAACAAUUUUUUUGUCAUCAGACCAUACCCCAUUUGUAUUGAUAAUUAUUUUUAAAUUGUUGUAUAUAAUAUUUAAGUAAAUGUAAUGUGUAAAAUAAAAUUAUCUUAAUUUUUGUAUUUUUGUAGUAUUAUAGAAUAUAUGUGUUUAAAUAUUUUAAUCUAUUAUAUCAUUACUUGUUCAAAAAUGUAUCAGCAAUAUUUUUACAGAUACAAUAUUUAAAGCUAUACAGAUGAACAGAAUUAAUUUAACUUUUGUUAAACACAUUAUAUCGAGGCUAGGGGGAAUUUACGCAUUAAAUUUAUUUAAACUUUUUAACUUAAAUAGUUACUUUUGGCUUUUAAUUAACUGAACUGUUAAUUGUUAACUGUUAACUUACUAAAUUUCUUUUUUAAUUAACGUGGAAUUAACGAAUUAAUUUUUCAUUUUGAGAAAUAAGUUAAGUUAAUUUAUUUUGUUUUUAAUUUAAUUAUAUUUCACCAUUUCAGUCUGUUUCGUUUCCAUGUCAAAAAAUAUUUACCGUGAAUUGUUUAAAAUUAAAAUUGUAUAUCAUUCGAAUCUAACUUGUAUGGAAAUACUGUAUACAGUAUAAACACUAUAGUCUAUAAUUUAGUUUUGGGUUCGAAAAAAAUUAAGUACUCUAGCAUUGUAAAAACAAAUUAACUUUUUUUAACUUAAUAAAAAGUGUAAAAUAACUUUUAAAUUAACCGAGUGAACCUAUAGUUAAAUUAACUUUUAACUUUUAACUUUUUGCUAUUGGAACAUAUUAACUAAACUUAACUGAGUUAAAAGAAAAUCAUUAACUUGUACAGCCUUGCAUUAUAUAUAAAGGUGUUUAAAAGGACGUGAUACCCGCAUGUGUUGUCUCCGUCUUAUAAGUGCGUAACAUGGUAAAUUGUAUGCUCAGAAGAACACGGAGCUACACGGGUGCGUACGUAAUUAUUACGGUGUUUAUGAUGUGCAUAUUACCGUUAGGUAUAUAAUUUUUACUAAAUUGUAUGGUUUGGGCCAAAUAUAAAAUAUAAAAUACGGGUCUAAAAUUAUAUCCGAUCAUAAAAACUAUUUUAUUUUUUGUAACUUAAAGCAACCUAUAUAAUAAAAAAAAAUAUAUUAUUUUUUUUUUGAGGCUUAAUAAAUUUGU